AUGCCAUUCUACCUGUCCAUUUUCCUAUCUGGCAAUUCCGUCUCCUUAAUGCCUGUGGAGGAAGCAGCAGCAUUGACCAAAGUGAUAUAUAAACCCCUUGUCUGCGAUUGCAAUAUUUAUGUCGAUGGCAUUCAUAUGGAAUUGUCUCUAUGGGACACCGCCGGACAGGAAGAAUUCGAUCGUCUCCGUGCGCUAUCAUACGACGACACACAAGUCAUAAUGUUAUGUUUUAGCGUUGAUAGCAAAGACUCCCUGGAGAACGUCGAAUCAAAAUGGAUGGCUGAAAUUGCGGAACAUUGCGCUGGCGCCAAAAUUGUCCUGGUCGCAUUGAAAUGCGACUUGAGAGAGGAGGUGGACGAAAAGGAGGACGAGAAUGCGGAAUCACAACCUCAGGAGAAACCAAUCGUCAAAUACGAUAGGGGACUGGAGGUUGCAAAGAGAAUUGGUGCCUUGAGAUAUUUAGAAUGCUCCGCCAUGCGAAAUCGCGGUGUCAACGAAGCCUUCACGGAGGCUGCCAGAGUGGCAUUGACUGUUAAACCUUCGAGUCGUCCGAUAACGCUGGGAAAUGCAUUAUCUUGUGAUGCAUGUGCUUCGACAAAAAGCGAGGUCUCAGACACUUAA